GAUCUGUGUAUAUAUAUGAGGACCCCUGGCAUUCCCUCCCUAUAUCCGAAUUGUCUGGAAGCACGACGUAACAACAAUGGCCAUCUCUCACAUUGUUUCCCUAGCAGUGCUCUGCAUUGCUGUAGUCUCCGUUUCUGCCUUCAACUAUCCUGGUGGUGGAUAUCCCGGAGGUGGAGGCGGGUGGUACCCAGGUAACGAUGACUGGUACCCCGGCGGAGGAAACUGGUACCCUGGCGGUGGAAACUGGUACCCUGGAGGUGGAAGCGGUGGAAUUGGCGGAAACUGUCAGUGCAGACAGUACUGUUUCCGUGGGGAAUACAGCCAGGGCUACUGUGGAUAUAGUUUGUUGCAACAGUGCUGCUCACGAUGGGGAGGAGGAGGUAAAAAGGGAGGCUACUACUAGAUGAGAUUGUUGGUGCUAUCUAAAUAAACAGGAUAAACUAAAUUC